GGAGGCAUUUUUUGCGUUCAUUUUUCAUCCUUAGCGUGGUCGCAGGGCAAACUAGGACGGGAGCGGUUUUCUAUCGGAAAAAUAUCGAUUUUUCCCCGGCAAGCGACGUGCAGCGGUUUCGGAAACUCGGUGUUUUCCCAACGGCCUCGCAAACGCAUCGACGGUGUUCCGGAUUGCGGGCAGAAAGGGCAUUCCCGAACUCGAGCCGGGUGAGCAAGCAGUUUCGGACGGCUGUCCCCAAUACAACCCUAGCGCUCCUGCUGCUGCUGCUGCUGCCCACCACCGCUACGCCCGUUGUUGCGUUUCACUCCCCCCCCUUAUUUCUUUCACUGUGAAGUUGUUACAGUGAAUUUGCGGCGGUCCAUUUCCCUGUAAGGGGUACGGCCCGGCACGUACGUGGGAACGUACGUGGGAAAAACAGUAUCAGUUUCAGUUCCGUUCAGUAAACGCGAGUAUAAAGCGCGCAAGAGCUAAGUAAGCCAUGAACAUCCAAAGUACGCUAAAUGUCGAAUGCGAAGAACUGCUGCUGCUGCCGUGCGCGCUUGUUGACCGUUUGCCAAAUUGGCGAAGUUCGAUCGGUGGUGGUAGUUGUUGUCGUUUUUGUGGUGGAAAUCGCAGGACAAUGUACGGUGGGUUCCGGCGUCGGAACCAUCCGGAUAGUGGUGGUGUCACCUGAGCCGACACAGGUGGUGUUCUAAGUAUAAGAGUCAGUUUAUAACGUAAAAGUGCAGUAUACAAAAAAAACAAGUUCAAGUAAGCGAAAGGCUAUGGCCGGUAAGCUAAGAACUGUCCCUCAAAAGUAUUACAAACAAAACAACAAAAACCCUCCCAGGGUAGUAGUAGUUGAUGCUUCUCAUCCGCGCGUGGGCUGGAAUUGUUUUAUAAUGAAGCCCGUCCGUUUUUGCCGUGUGUUCAGUUGUUGAAGUUCAAACCCCAAAAGUCUCUUGUGUUCAGUUCAAACCUUUGUAAAACAAACCAACCUAAAAAAAUCGAAACUUCUUCCCCUUCCGGUACGAUUUUAAGCGGCACCACCAACACUUCCACGGUACGGAGCAAGAGUGACACACGCGGUACAGGGAAAGCAUCGCACGGGAGCAAUCCCCAAUCCACGCUUGCUAAAGCGAGAUGGACAGUGAUGAUUCGAGACCAGGCUCGUCGGCAUCGAACAGCUCCGAUUCGGAGCAGGCUGCGAGCCCGGGCGGUGGAAAGGAGCAGCAGGAAGACGAUCAUUCCGAUGGUUCCGGUUCGCCGUCACGUUCACCGUCGCCCGCAUCGAACGCGGGAGACGUGCUCGGAGGUGGUGAUGGCGGUGGCGACGAUGAUGGCGGUGAACCGAACGACGGUGGACGGGAAAGCAACCGACCGUCCCGGUCCCGCUCUCGGUCCCAGUCGCGCUCCAACUCCCCGGGCAGCUUGUCGUACGAUGCGGGCAAGCAGGACUCGCUGUCCAGCCCGGCCAAAACGUUCGAUGCCGUCAAUUCGCCUUCCUACCUGAGUGCGGAAAACUCGCCCCAGUCGCAUCCCAAAUCGCCAGCCUCGUCCUCGGCCCACAAUCGAUCGAGCCGUAGCCCAAGCGGGGGGUCGCAGGGCGAGCGGCGGUACGAUCGUUCGCGCUCGCUGUCGAAGGAAUCGAACCACUCGGACAACAGCUCGAGCAAGGGCGGGAGUCACCAUCACCGGCGGCGAGGGGGCAGUGCGAGCAGCUCAAACCGCCAGCACCGCUCACUGUCUCGCAACUCGACCACGUCCAAUCUGAGCGAAAAGCUUAAGGGCGAAGAGAUUUCGGACUGCGAGAUGGAGGAGGAAUCGGAACGGGAGGACAAAGCGCCCGCAUCACCGGAAGCGGGAGGUGGUGAGCGGAGUGUGGAGGGUGGAGCGGUGGCCGGCAGCGAUGGUGGGCCAGGCGCAAAGAACAGCGCGCUCAACAUGAGCCACGAAGAUCUGAGCGACGUCAGCCUGGAGAGUGACAACGAGCCGGGCCGAGCGGGGCAGGAUGAGGAGGAGGACGGAGAGGAAGAGGAUGAUCGGGACAGCGAGCGGGAGAGUGUGAAGCGGCACGCCGGGGGGCGGAAAGAGGACGACGGAACGGACGAGGAGCAGGAAGAGGGCGAGGAGGAUGAUGAGCACAGCCGGGGGCCGGCCACCUCGACCGUGUCCGCGUCGGAGCGGGACGGCAGUGAGGCAGGCGAGCAGCAGCAGCAGCAGCAGCGGGACGAGCGGCCGAAAAUUACCGACCUGCGGCAGAAGCUGGAGGAGCGCAAGAACCAGCUGCGCAAUAUGGACGCGGACAAGCACACGAUCAACGGUGCAGGAGGAGGAGUAGGAGGAGCCAGCGGGGCAAAUGGCGGCGGUGCUGCGGCGACACGAAACCACGACAAACUGCUGCACGAGGGCAACCUGAUGGACAACAAGAACGAUGAGGAUGCGCUCGACUUUGAGGCGGAGGAGGGCGAAUGCAACGAUGCACCGAAGGAGCCCGAGAAGAAGGCGGAUGAUGCCACAGAGAAGGGCAAAAAAGAGGAAGCGAAGGAAGGAGCAGCAGCGGCCGGUGGCGACGAUGAGCUGGAGGAGGGCGAAGAGCUGGAAGAGGGCGAAGUGACGGAUGAGGACGAGAAGCGGCCGGAAGAGUCGGAACCGAAACCGGUCUGCCGGUUCUACACGCGCGGCCAGUGCACGUGGGGCAUGAGCUGCCGCUUCCUGCACCCGGGCGUCACCGACAAGGGCAACUACACAAUGUUCGACAUGGUGCGGCCCGUGCCGGUGACGCAUCAGCCGCCCGGGUACGGGGGCCACCCGGCGGCCCCGCUCUACCCGCCCGACUAUCGCCACGAGCGGCCGCCGCUGCACCAUCUAGCGCACCAUCCGGUCGCAGUAGUGGCACCGUACCCGGCCACGGUCGGGCUGCCCCCGCCGGUGCGUCCCGUCGAGCCGGUCGUCGCCGAAAGUGCCUGGGAGCGGGGGCUGCGCACGGCCAAGGAGAUGAUGCGCAAGGCGAACAAGCGCAAGGAGCAGGACAUCGAUUUCGACGACAAAAAGAUGAACCUGACGCUGACGCAGGACGAGCUGGAGAAGGACAACUACUACACGCGGGAUCGUGCGUCACCGUCGGAUAUUACACCUGCCUACCCUGGAAGACCCCCUGCAGCGGUACCACCUGGUUACGAUUAUCCUGCCCCGACGUCAAAGUACCCGCGGGGCGGCGCUGGCGGUGGUGCGGCCGGUCCCGGUGCACCCCCGUUCGAGGAGGAUGCGUUCGGCCGGACCCAUCGCUACCGGGAGCUGCCAUCGCACCGUAUGCCCCAGUACGAGGAUGACGAUCUGUCAAAGCGCCGCCAUCCGCGUGCCACUCGGGAGGUGAUUUUGCAGCGUGCGGACGAGUGGAACGACCCGUGGAUGCGCUCGAAAUCUCCGGGACGGGACAAACGUGGAGGAAGACGUGGUGGCGGCGGUGGUGGCGGAGGUGGCGGUGGAGCCGAUCGACGAAGUUACAGCAACAGCUCCUCGUACAGCAGCUCCAGCAGCAGCUCCCGGUCCGGGUCGAGCUCGGAUUCGAGCCGUUCGCCCAGCCCGACCACGACCCGGCGCAAUCGCUACGACAGCCACCGGUCGAAGGAAGGCGAGCGUCACGCGAGCACAACGCACGUGCGCAAGGUGAUACGCACCCGCUCGCCAAGCGUUAGCCCUCGGCGUGGACGCAAAGGAUCUCCAGUGCCGGUCAAACGAAUGGACAAACGAGGACCAUCGCCGGUGGUAGAGAAGCGCAUGGUCGAGAAGGUGGUCACCUCCAAGCGAAAGAUGUCCCCUCCGAUGCACAAAGCAUCCGCGGCCAAACACAGGCGACACUCGAGCAGCUCCGGCUCCGGUUCGUCCGAUUCGAGCGAUUCCGGCUCGGAAAGCUCGUACUCCUCCAGCUCCUCCAGCUCGUCGCGGGGCGCUGGCAAGGGAAGAACGGCAAAGGUUCGCGCGUCGGAAAAAUCCUCCAAAUCAGCCAGCAUGGGAAAGAAGGAUUCAAAGAAGCACAGCGAGGGCAAGGGUGGCGGUGCGCAGGUGAUACCGCCCUCGAGUGCGGCGAUGGAGAAGGCGAAUGCGGCCGCGUCGAAAAAGUCGUCGCGCCGGGAAGAGCUGCUGAAGCAGCUGCGCGCCGUCGAGGAAGCGAUCGCCCGGAAGCGCACCAAGAUAUCGUAAAUCUCCUAUCCCGUUUACCCUCCCAACACCACCACCCUUUACUAUGGACUACUACUACUACAACGACCCCGUUUCAUCACCGCACGAUCACAAUCAUCCACUUUCCGCCGAUCCAUCCCAAUCUCCCGCGAGCUACACGAUAAGAGAGAACAGUUUGAUGUUUGGGUAAAUGCGCCGCAGGCACCACACACAUAGACAGGCACUACAUAUACACAGACUCCGUAAAACCCAUUCCAGUAUAAGAGGACGGAGAUGUGACGAAAGGGGAGGAGGAACAGUGUCCCGUAAAAUAAGGGAAACGUUUCCCUUUUCCCCUAAUCAGCCCCCCAAUGCACCACCUGGAAAAUGAACACAAUUAUGAUUAAAUUAAGCAUAGGCCACAGCUAGGAAGCAGCAGAUACGCGUUUUUUCUCUUAUUUUCAUAACAUUUUUAUGUUGUUUUUUUUUUCUUUCUCUCCUAUGACAAUGUGUCCCACACAUGAAUAUUUGCUAGGGGAGGAACUAGUGGGUGGGCAGUUAGAAGGGCCGGCCUAGUUUUGCAGACGAAUUAAAUGUAUUCUAAUAAACGAUGAAAGCGACAGGAUUUAAAUGUA